AUGAAGUACCGAGACAACAACAGCUAUGUUGCAGGCAAAAUUGGAAAGCACAAUGUGGGUAUUGCUGUCAUGCCUCAAGACGAGUACGGAACCAUCACUGCUGCAACAACAGCCAAGGAUAUGGUACGCAGCUUCCCACAAAUACGACUGGGUUUGAUGGUUGGCAUUGGGGGAGGGGCCCCAAGCCGAGAGCAUGACAUUCGACUUGGCGAUGUUGUCGUCAGCAGUCGCGGUAGAGGCACCGGUGGUGUCAUUCAGUUCGACUACGGAAAGACAAUACAGGCGGCUGCACUUGACGCACAGCACGACCUCGAAGGUCCCCAGCUAAACGAUAAGGUGGAAAGGGCGCUGGAGACGCAACGCCCGAAGUUGUUCAUCCUGACGGUCUAUUCGGGGAUUGCACGAUCACUUGCGGUGCUCAUCCAGAGCACUUGGUACACCGAGCUCCACGGGGUGAUGACGAUGACAAUCCUAGCGUCCAUUAUGAAAGGCACCGUCAGUGCCUUGGUUCGCUCGUUGAUCUUUCAACUGUAUUUGCUGGGAGAGUCCUGGGCUUCGGAAAUCGAAGCACUGCAAAAGGCUCAUGACAACGGGAAAGAUUCACCAAGUACUCAGGAUCUGUUGGACUUCUUCCAGUCAACUCUGGAAAGGGUCCCGGCUAUCGUGAUCUUGGUGGAUGCCCUGGACGAAUGCAAACAAGAAGACCAGGAGCAGGAAAAGCUGAUCAGGUGGAUGAUUGAGCUCGUUUCAGCGCCUACCCUCAGACACGUCAAGAUCGUCGCCACUACACGGCCAGAGGCCGCCUUUGUGGAUCGGGAAGGUUACGAUCUGACAGAAAACACAGAGUUCGUGCAUCUCAGUAGGGCCAACAUCAAGAGUGACAUCAAGUCGUACAUCGAGGGGUGCCUGCGCGACACAUCAUGGUUUCACACGCAUGCACCAGACCAUCCGAUCAUCAAGCUCAUUCCAAAGAAACUAAUUGAGAAAGCCGACGGCAUGUAA